AUGUCCUGCAUCAUCGAGUCGAACCGGACGUGGACACUGCUCGACUGCUCCGACUCGGACCUCUCCAUUGGCGCCAACGUGCUGGGCAUUGCCACCUUUGCCGUGGCAUUGGCGGCCACGUACUUCGCCUUCUUCCGCGACUGGAGAGAUAUCCCGACUGUAGCAGACGACUACAGCAACGACAUCCGCUCUCUACAGGCGCAACUUUGGGCCGUGGGUGACAUACACGGUCAAUUGUCCAAGCUGCUGAGCGACGAUGGCGGCAUUCGCAUUUCCGACGUCAUGCUGCAGUCGCGUCUCCAGCAGGGCCAUGGAGAGUCGCUGAAGGAGGCCCGGAAGUUUCUCGAUGAGUAUUCCGCUGCCUAUCAGGGGGUAUUCACAAGCUACUUUGAGAAACACCGCUGGCUCGUGCGCCUGCGCUGGCUAUCGCUGCAACGGCGUGUCGAGCACUACAAGUCGAAUGCAUCGGUGCUGAGGGAGACGCUGACGCUGGAUCUGCUGAAUAUCUCGCUGAACAUGAAUAUUGCGCUGCAGCAGGAACUGCACAGCAGAGAGGCAAAGCGUGAUGUUCUCGAGGAGAAGCUCGAUAGACUCGAGCAGAUGGUGGGUCGACUGAUUCCCAGCCCGAGGCAGAGACAGAGGGCUGUAUCUCCCCGGCGGCCUGACGGUCCGAGUCCCAAGGGAGGACUGAAUGUGCCUGGUUUCUUUAUAUCGGGACCCGAGGACGAGCCGGGCGAGAGGCCUUCGAGAGGUCUUGCUCCAAAGCCGUCCCUGAGCCGGAGCCCUUCACCAAUGUCGCCCGCCCACGCUCAUGAUCAAUGA